UUUAUUUUUAUUUCCAAUAAUGCAGCUGAGACACAUUGUUUUUGCUGCUGGCAUGCAUGACAUUCCUCAAAUUCAAAAACUAUAGAUGUUUAUGCUUUGUAGCAUAGUGAAGUGAUUCAGUGUUAGCUAGUACCGUGCGCUAUCAUGCACUGAGUAAGUUAAGUGAGUACAGAUAUAUGUACGUAUUGCGGUUUUUCUGUUUUAAGUUGAGCACGGGACUUGUGACACACAUUGAUUUUUUGCGAUGUCCCACAUGAAUUUGCUUAAUCAAUUAGAGUUGGUUAUUGUCUGAAAAUCCACUGAAGUUUUCAAAAUUUAUGGGCAGUAUAAGUUGUUGUUAUAAUGACAGUAUAGUUGCUCAUUCCAAAGAUGUUGCGAAUGUAAAGCAGCAAACAGUAGCCUGAAAUACAGUGUUUAUAGCAGCUGUGGUUAGCAUUCUUUUGCGUGUAUGUUAUAUUUUAUAGGAAUUUAAGUUGCCACCAACCCCAUGACAAACUGACUGUUCAGUUCUCUAUAAGUUUGCAAGAAUCUUAUAAAUAUUAUUAUAUAGACCUAUUAAAUAAAUAAUUUGCAUGUAACGAUAUCUAUAGAGUAAUGUUAAGAAGAAUCAAAGGCAUAUACUUGUGUAUUCUUGUGACCGUGAUUGGUUCACAAUGUCUCCAGUUCAAUGUGCAGAACACUGGAAAUGUGUAUCAGUUCUAUUCUCCUGAAAACACUGGUGGUGAUGGAGUAUCGCUGGGUGAUGUGACAUGCACUGAGGAUGGUGGUGCUAAUCUUACUGGUCCUGUCACAUAUGCAGUGCUACAGCCAGUAUCCGUACCAUUUGUUCUUAAUGGUAGUACUGGAAUGCUUACUCUUAAAACUGGAGAGAUUUUGGACUACGAACAAACCCAACAGCAUAUAUUUGACGUAUCCUGUUCUUAUGAUUCUGAAUCAUCUAUCAAUGCAACAGCUAGUGUCACGUUCUUAGUUGAACCUGUGAACGAGUUUAAACCUGUUUUUAGUGAUGUCUCUCUUCAAGUUACCGUCACAGAGCUAACCCCAAUUGGCAUGGUCUUAGUUGCAAGAGAUUCUUCCGGUACUAGACACUACACUGUGAGUGAUGAGGAUAGCGGACCAGAUGGAGAACUACGAUUCUUACCAAGUUCAGCAAACCCACCAGAACUUGAUCAAGAUUUCAGUUUGAGUACGAAUGGUACGCUAACUCUAAAUCAAAUAAUCGAACUUGAUACCGGAGUAACCGCAGUUAGACGUGUGACGUACCAAAUAAGGGUUUGUGAUGGAAACCGUGUGGAAGCAGAUUGCCCAUCUUUAGAUGUUGUAUUACUUAUCAGAUCAGACAAUGACAAUCUUCCGAUGUUUGAGCAAGACGAGUACACUGUUACCGUAUCUGAGUCAGUCCCCAUUGGUACUAGUUUGAUCACUGUGGUGUGUACUGAUGCUGACCGCAAUGGUGUGAGAGAAUUUAGUGAGUUUGCCGUUGAACAGCCCAAUGCCCCAGUACACAUACUUAUUAAUGGAUCUAUAUUUCUCAAAGACAGUCUUGAUUUUGAGAAUUCUUCUGUUGUGACGGUUACUUUAGUCUGCUUAGAUAGUGGUGGCUUUCAAGAUAAUGCAACAUUGAUGAUCACUGUAACACCAGAAAACGAUGGUGUCCCCAGCUUCAGCAGAACUCUCUUUGAAUGUAAUGUUUGUCGACUAGCAAUCAUUAGCGAAGAAAUUUGUGAAGUUCAAGCAAUUGACACUGAUAAUGAUGUAAUCACUUACACAUUAUCUGGACCAGGUAGUGAAAACUUUCAGAUCAGGCCAGACGGUGUGUUAGUAUUAAAUGAUAUAGUUUUUGUUGCCGAAGGAUCUUUCUUUGACCUCACGGUCACUGCAAGCGAUGGACUAUUUAAUACCAGCACAAAUGUGAGACUUGCUGUCGACUGUUUGCUGUCCAUUCCCGAGAUCAUCAUUGUAGCAGUUUGUGGUGUGGUCUUGAUUUUAGUGGUGAUCAUUGUCACUGUCAUAUGCUGCUACUGUUGGCUCAAUAUGCACUACAAAUCUGAGGACGGACUCUUUGCAAGAAGUGACGACAUGGCUUCACGCAAUCAAGAGCAACUAAAUUCGAUACGCUCAGUCCCACAGCAAGAAACAAUUUUCUCUACUAAUGAUACUAUUAAAGAGGUGUCCAUCGAAAUAGAAAAUGUCCAUUACUUAAGCGUCCAAAGUGGUCACACCAAACAAAAAUAUGUUGAGACUGCAGAUGAUCAAGAAUACACCACUGUGACGUUUAAAAAGCAGAGCGAAUACAAGAAAGAUAGUGACGGUGACGGUUUGUCAAUUGAAGUUGAAAAUAUAAAGUACGCAAGUUACUCACAAAGUCUUUCAAGCAACACCCAGCCGAUAGAAUUAGUUGCUUCUGAAGAAGAGAACUCCACUGCAGGUGCUGUCAGUAAUUCCAGCGCUAAAUGCACUGCUGCUAUUGUGGACCUCAGCGACCAUGACUAUGCUACUGUCCUGCCCAAAAAUCUGAGGAACUAUCGAUCCUUUGCCACAGAAGUUGAAGAGACCAUUGAUACUGAAACUAACUUGGAAAAUGUGACAGUUGUGUGUUAAGAUAGCAAGAAGGUGCCAGUUGAUUCACAAAGAGAAUAUUAGUUAAUUGCAUUGUAGAGUUAGUGUUACAAUCACCACGAAUAAUAACUCACACUGUGCUGAGUAAUGAUAUAAAUGUGUAUUGUUGUCUAGUUAUAGAGUAUAGCUGUGUUAUGUUUUUUUUACAUGAAAUUUGUCUACUUUUGAGGAUUUG